AACGACGUCGUUUCCAAGCCAACCCCCACCCCAAAUGCCCAAAUUCUGAAGUGCAGUGAUCGCCCACGACCAAGCCUCAACGUCGCUCUUCUCUGGGGUCUCUUUCUCGCCACUCUCUCCCUCAAGCUCUCUCACCUCUCUCACGCCACUCUUGUCUCCAGUGUCUCACUUCUCUCUCGGUCUGGCAGUCACCGUUUCAGACUCAAGCUCGUCGCGCUGUGUCCUCACCGUCUCAAGCUCAGUCGCCGCCGUUCUGCGCUCGCUUCGCCGGCGGAAGAACCAGACGGAACUAGCAUCUGGUGCCUCGGGUGGUGGUCAUUGUCGUCUUCUUACUUCCGCCGUCAGUUCAGUUGGUCAGCUUCCUUCCUUCGCCGUCAGUUAGUCCCUGGCAGGUGCUGAGGUUUGCAUGCAAACACACAUGCCAAAGAAGAAAAGCUGCUGCAUUGAACACUACACUCGGUGCACCUUCAUCUUGCACCACUUUGAGCUUCUGCAACUUCGUUUGCCAUUUGGCAUUAGGUGCAGCGAGUGAAUGUGCUGCUCAAUGGGGUCUGAACGUGGUUGAAGGUGUGGUCCUUUGGCAUGGAGCUAAAAAUGUUUUAAGAAUAUAAGAUAGAUACGAAAACAAAACCUCAUUUUGAAAAUCUAUUGAUGCGCGCCUCUACUCUCAGAUACUUCCCUCUUUCAAAUGUCUCUCGCAAUCACAAUCUUCACUACCAUUCUCAACCCUUUAAUCAUGCUUUGCCUUUUUUCAGAACCAAUGGCCCAACACUCGAAUUCAAUGAUACUUUGCUCCUCCGUUACCUCUCCAAUGGCUGGCACCAUGAAGCACGAGAUCUACUUUACAAGUCCUCUCGAGGCCACCCCCAUGCUCGUAUUGUUCAUUGGACUUCCCUGCUCACAAAGUACUUGCGAGACGGUUUCAUCCGUGAAGCUCGAAUGCUGUUCGAUAUAAUGCCGCACAGAAACAUAGUCACUUACAACGCGAUGUUGUCUGGGUACCUGCAAUCUGGCAUGCUUGAUGAGGCUUCAUGGUUCUUUGAGCAUAUGCCGAAGAGGAAUGUUAUUUCCUGGACUGCUAUGCUUGGUGGGUUGGCAGAUGCAGGGAGGAUUGGAGAUGCUUGGAGGCUGUUUGAUGAAAUGCCGGAGAAGAAUGUGAUCUCUUGGAAUUCGAUGGUGGCAGGGUUGGUAAGGAAUGGGGAGUGGGACAAAGCAAGGAUGGUUUUUGAACAGACCCCAGAAAAAAAUGUGGCUUCUUGGAAUGGUAUGAUCGCGGGUUAUGUGGAAAAAGGUAGAAUGGAUGAAGCAAGAGCGUUGUUUGAGGAGAUGGGGUGUAGGAAUGUGGUUAGUUGGACAAGCAUGAUUUCUGGUUACUGUAGGGUAGGCAAUGUGGAUGAAGCUUAUAGUUUGUUCCAGACCAUGUCGGAGAAAAAUGUAGUUUCUUGGACAGCCAUGAUUGGUGGAUUUACCUGGAACGGCUUGUGUGCAGAGGCAUUAUCGCUUUUUCUUGAGAUGAGACACUCUAAUGCAAUACCGAACAGUGAGACCUUUAUUUCUUUGGCCUAUGCAUGUGCAGGUUUAGGUUUUCCUACCCUUGGCAAGCAGUUACAUGCUUAUAUAAUUGUCAAUGGUUGUAAGCUUGAUGAUUAUGAUGGCAGGCUACAAAGAAGUCUCAUUCGGAUGUACUCUGCAUUUGGUCUUAUGGACUCAGCUCAAAGUCUACUAGAAAGUGAUGUGAAUAACUGUGAUGAACAAUCAUUUAAUUCUAUGAUAAAUGGUUACAUUCAGGCUGGUGAGUUAGAAAAAGCUGAAGAUUUGUUUCACAGACUACCCAUCAAAAACACAAUUGCAAGCACAUGCAUGAUUGCUGGCUAUCUUAGUGCUGGGAAAGUAUUAAAGGCAUGCAAUCUCUUUAAUAACAUGGUUGACAAGGAUUCCCUUGCAUGGACUUCAAUGAUUUAUGGGUAUGUUGAAAAUGAGUUGAUUGCCGAAGCCAUCGACUUGUUUGCUGCAAUGAUGGCUGAUGGUGUUAUGCCAAUAAAUUCUACAUUCUCUGUUCUUUUCGGUGCUAUUGGUUCAGUUGCAUAUCUUGAACAGGGGCGCCAAUUACAUGCCAUGCAGUUGAAGACCAUAUAUGACUAUGAUUUGAUUCUUGAGAACUCUCUUAUAUCAAUGUAUGCAAAAUGUGGAGAGAUAGAGGAUGCAUAUAGGAUAUUCUCUAGCAUGUACUACCGAGACAAAAUUUCUUGGAACAUAAUGAUUAUGGGCUUUGGAGAUCAUGGGAGGGCUAGUGAGGCUUUAAAGGAGUACGAAAUCAUGCAUGAAUAUGGUAUUAACCCAGAUGGUGUUACUUUUCUAGGUGUCUUGACAGCAUGUGCUCAUGCUGGUCUUGUUGAUAAAGGGUUGGAGUUAUUUCGUGCCAUGGUUAAUGUUCAUGGAAUACAACCUGGUCUUGAGCAUUGCAUUAGUAUGAUCAAUCUUCUGGGACGAGCAGGAAAGGUUAAGGAUGCAGAGGAGUUUGUCUUGGGGCUUCCUAUAGAACCAAAUUAUGCCAUUUGGGGUGCAUUGCUUGCGGUUUGCGGUUUGGGUAAAACAGAUGUGGAUGUUGCUAGGCAUGCUGCAAAGCGACUGCUUGAGUUGGAUCCUCUAAAUAUCCCAGGCCAUGUUGCUCUCUGUAAUGUAUAUGCUGCAAAAGCUUGCCACAUUGAGGGGGCAAGUUUGAGAAAAGAAAUGAGGUUGAAAGGCAUGAGGAAGAGACCUGGGUGUAGUUGGAUUUUAGUGAAGGGUAGAGUUCAUGUUUUCUCAUCGGGAGAUAGACUGGAACAACAAGGAGAUACGAGUGUGUUUUAGCAUGAACGGAAAACAUUUAAAUAAAAUGAACUGAAAACCCUGACAUACCUACGCCAGAAGGAUUUCAAAUCAAACAGACCCAGUAGAUAAUAGAGUCGUCAUCAUCAACAGCAACCCUAACCAAUAUCCAUCCCAACCCAUCAUUCACCUCCACAUCAAAAAAGAAAUCUCAAUCAAUUGGCAAAGAUACGGUACAGAAGUAGCUAGAAUUAGGAUUUUUAGCAGCAGCUAGCCAGCUAGAAAUCUAAAAUAGAGUAUCUGGGAAAUAGGCAAAGAUAUGAUGUGAUUAGAAGAUAUGGAGUGAACUUGCUGCACUCGAUGAUUGCAUUGACCAGCGGUUGACGCAUAUUCAGAAACUUCCUGCACUGAAAAGAAAAAAAAAAAUCUUUUUGGGACCAAAUAUUCAAUUUGAACAUAAGCGAUUUUAAAAGGAUCCAAAAUAAAUGAAAUAAAAACCAUAAUUCACUUCUUAAUGUUUGAUCUUCUUUUAUAUAUUCUAAAAUUAUCAAUAAGUUUCUCUUUAGAUAUCAUUGUACUUACAUACACAGACCAAGUAUCAUGGCAUUCACUUUAUUGCUCUUUAAUAUUAAACCAAAGCUAGACAUACUCUUUCUAUUAGGUGUGAUUCAUCUAUUCACUUAUUUUUGUUAUUCCUAUUCUUUAGCCAACAAUAUCAUAACUAAAGAGUAGAAAAAUUUCAAUGAAGAGAAAAAGCGAUGAAGAAUUUACAAUAAGAAAUGGUUAGUUGUUUCUUGUGAUUAUUGUUAUUUAUUUGAUUAAUGAUGUAUUACUUAUGUUUACAUGAGUUUAUGAAUAUCACCAAAAUUUUGUAUAUACGUGGUAUGUGGUUUGUAUAGUUGUGUUUAUUUUUUUUUCCCCUCAGUUUUAGUAUUAAAAUUAUAUGUUUUUUUUAUAUAGAUCAAAAGACCUUUUUGUUCGAGAGUAUACUAACUUCUGAUGGAUCGAUAUUGAUUGAUGGAGGUAUAUAUACACACAGAUACACACAAAUAUGCUUAUAUGCAUAUAUAUUUUUUUUGUUUUUAUAAAUAGUGGCUAAUAAUAAUUGAGUUUUUAGUGCUAUUUUGUUAUCUUUUAAUUUUGGAUUUACUAAAUACAUUGGUUGACUUAGAUGAAGAUAUUAUCGAUGACACUCUCAAUAAUGUAUUGAGUAUUGACAACUCCUCUUGAUCUCAAGGAUCAUGUGAUGUUUACACCAAGUGAAAUGAAAGGUGUGUAAUUAGUUUUAAUAAAUAAGCUCAAUAUUUUCUGUUUUUUCCCUAUAUUGAUCUUCACAUCUUUCUUUUUUGUGACAUAUGAUACUCCAAUGAUAGUUAUUAUUUUAUAAAUAGGAUACUUGGACCAUGGUGAUUAUAAUUACACUCACAUGGUGUGGUGCGGCUUUUUGGUAUUCUGAACGUGUUCUAAGAAAAUCUAAAGUUAAUUAUCCAGUAUUUUCAAUGUGUUGUCUUAAAGGCAAAGUGCAAUUGUCAUUGUUGAAAGAGCCCCCUGAAUUGUUAGUAUCACUUUUCAAUGGAAAUGAUUGAAGGAAUAAACACCUUUUGAAGAACAUUUGAGAGUAUAAUAAUUUGUUUUGUUUCACUUCUAUUGGUGGAAGGGUUGACACAUCUCUUAGCAAUGGAGUAGGUCUGUCUCCGUUUAUUCUUUGCGGUGAAAGUUACCAUAAGAUUGGUAGUUUGCUCAGCUGUAUAUCUUUGAUACUGAGAAUGAGUUGGCACAUAAAGAGGGAGUUUUUCGGUAUAGUUUGAUUAUGCUUAAGUAACUUCUAAAUGUUGUUGUAUUCAAAUUUGUUUUAUAUUCUUUUCUAUGUAUAAGUAUCUUAAAGUUCAUCUUGUAUCAAGUUUGAGCAGUGGUAUAGGUUUUUUGGAUUCAAUAUUAAUUGAAGAUUUAUUGAAGAUGAUUGACGAAAAUAAUGUUGUUGCAAAAUCUUUUCGUAUCUAAACAGUUUUAUCAACAACAUCCUGAUGAGUCUUUUUGCAUUUGAUUGUUUAGACAUCAAGCUGCAGACCCUCGAGUGUAUAGUGAAUCCACGGAUACUGAAAUUGUUGGUCUUAUUGUUGGUGACUUCGAUGGCUCCGAUACUGGACGUGAUGUCAUUGUUCAAUCUAGGAAUGGAGUGCUACAAUGUAUUCAUGAGACACAUACUUGCUACUGGCGAAUGCAAUAUCCUUUGUUGAACAAUAAUUGGGAGUAUUAGAGAAACUAAUUUGUUGAUGGACAUAUGGGUACAAGGAAGAAUAAUCUGGGCAACCAAACUUAUUCAAUCUA